CCCACCCACCAGGCACAGCGUCAAUUGAUGCGCAGGUUUUUUUCUGGGAGACGGGGGUCACGCCGAUGCUCCGCCAUAGCAGGUGGUUCUUGUGUAAUCGUCCCGGGUCUCGUCGCUCGCCUCCGCUGCCCUGAUCUGUCGUUUCAGCACUGGACAGCGACCGGGACCGAGGGCCGCUGAGAACACCGAGGCAAUCCUGAGGCGGGUCGGUGCGACCCUCGCUUGGCUCGGGGCAAUGCGCGGCUAGAUGACUUCACUACAUCAACAAGCACCGCGGUAUCCCGGACUAAUAUAGCAGAAGCGCACACCCCCACCCCCCUCUCUCUCUCCUCUGUCCUCUUCUCUCUCUCUCGCCAUUCGCUGAUUCCGAGUCCCUCCGUCCAGAGGCACCAUGGGAAACCGUGGCAUGGAGGACUUGAUCCCGCUGGUCAACAAGCUGCAGGAUGCCUUCAGCUCCAUCGGCCAGGCCUGCAACCUGGACCUGCCGCAGAUCGCGGUGGUCGGCGGCCAGAGCGCGGGGAAGAGCUCCGUGCUGGAGAACUUUGUCGGCAGGGACUUUCUACCCCGUGGAUCUGGUAUUGUCACCCGUAGGCCACUGGUUCUGCAGCUUAUCAGCGCCACUGCAGAAUGGGCUGAAUUCCUCCACUGCAAAGGGAAGAAGUUCACAGACUUCGAUGAGGUUCGCCAGGAGAUCGAGGCGGAGACGGAUCGAGUCACUGGGGCCAACAAAGGCAUAUCACCCGUCCCCAUCAAUCUGCGGGUUUACUCCCCACACGUACUGAACCUGACUCUCAUCGAUCUACCGGGGAUCACGAAGGUGCCAGUGGGGGACCAGCCUGUAGACAUCGAGCAGCAGAUCAAGGAAAUGAUCAUGCAGUUCAUCACCAGAGAGAGCUGCCUGAUCCUGGCCGUCACUCCGGCCAACACUGACCUGGCCAACUCUGAUGCCCUGAAAAUGUCGAAAGACGUCGACCCCCAGGGAACGAGAACCAUUGGAGUUAUCACCAAACUGGAUUUGAUGGAUGAGGGCACAGAUGCCCGAGAAGUGCUGGAGAACAAGCUGCUGCCGCUGCGAAGAGGUUACAUCGGAGUGGUGAAUCGCAGUCAGAAGGACAUCGAUGGGAAGAAAGACAUCAAGGCAGCGAUGGACGCGGAGAGGAAGUUCUUCUUGUCCCACCCAAGUUACAGGCACAUGGCAGAAAAAAUGGGCACCCCCCGCCUGCAGCGAGUACUCAAUGAGCAACUGACCAACCACAUCCGGGACACCCUGCCAGCUUUCCGCAGCAAGCUGCAGUCCCAGCUGUUGGCUCUGGACAAGGAGGCCGAGGAAUACCGUGGAUACCGACCUGAUGACCCGUCUCGUAAAACCAAGCAGCUGUUGCAGAUGGUGCAGCAGUUCUCUGUGGACUUUGAUAAGAGGAUUGAGGGCUCAGGAGACCAGGUGGACACGGUGGAGCUGUCGGGCGGAGCGAAAAUCAACCGCAUCUUCCACGAGCGUUUCCCCUUUGAACUGGUCAAGAUGGAGUGUGAUGAGAAGGAGAUGCGACGCGAGAUCAGCUACGCCAUCAAGAACAUCCAUGGUAUCAGGACCGGACUCUUCACCCCCGACAUGGCGUUCGAGGCCAUAGUGAAGAAGCAAGUCAUAAAGCUGAAGGAGCCCUGCGUCAAGUGUGUGGACAUGGUCAUCCAGGAGCUGAUUAACACUGUGCGCCAGUGCUCCAACAAGCUGGAAUGCUUCCCGAGGCUGCGCGAGGAAACUGAGAGAAUUGUGACGUCUCAUAUCCGAGACAGAGAGGGCCGCGCCAAGGACCAGGUUCUGCUGUUAAUCGACAUCCAGCUCUCUUACAUCAACACUAACCACGAGGACUUCAUUGGCUUUGCUAAUGCGCAGCAGAGGAGCAGUCAGACCAGUAAGAGCCAGAGUUCAGCAGGAAAUCAGGUCAUCCGUAAAGGCUGGUUGACCAUCAACAACAUCAGCAUCAUGAAGGGAGGAGCCAAGGAGUACUGGUUUGUGCUGACUGCAGAGAGCCUCUCCUGGUUCAAGGAUGAUGAGGAGAAGGAGAAGAAGUACAUGCUCCCCCUGGACAACCUGAAGGUCCGCGAUGUGGAGAAGAGUUUCAUGUCCAGCAAGCACAUAUUCUGCAUUUUCAACACGGAGUCAAGGAAUGUGUACAAGGACAAUCGCACCUUGGAGUUGGCCUGUGACUCUCAGGAUGAUGUGGAGAGCUGGAAAUCUUCUCUGCUUCGCGCUGGAGUCUAUCCCGAGAAGACGAUUACGGUUGAGAGUGAGUCCACCACCACCGCAGAUAACUUCUCUAUGGACCCUCAACUGGAGCGUAAAGUCGAAACUAUUCGGAACCUGGUGGACUCCUACAUGGCUAUUGUCAACAAGUGCAUCCGGGACCUCAUGCCCAAGACCAUUAUGCAUCUCAUGAUCGGCAAUGUCAAGGACUUCAUCAAUGCAGAGCUCCUGGCCCAGCUGUACUCGGCAGGGGACCAAAAUGCCCUGAUGGACGAGUCUCAAGAGCAGGCCCAGAGGAGGGACGAGGUGCUGAGGACCCACCAGGCCCUGAAGGAGGCGCUGGCCAUCAUUGGUGAUAUCUCCACCUCCACCAUCACUGUUCCCGUGCCUCCGCCUGUUGACACAUCCUGGAUGGGAGACCCCACUGGUGCACGCAGGUCUCCUCCAUCCAGUCCCACUGCCCCCAGGAGGAUGUCUUCAGGCCAGCGCCCGGCUCCCAGAGGGGCCCCACCACCGCCAAAUCGCCCAGGACCCCUGGGGCCUUUCAAUAACACUGCUGACAGCCCGCAGGCUCCCAGCCGCCCAAACAGGGCUCCUCCUAGUAUCCCCAGCCGGCGGCCCCCUCCGUCUCCUACACGACAAGCCCCACCAUAAUCAUCCAGUGAGGGUUCCUCUCCUCUCUUCUCCCCCCGUCAUCCUCAUCCCUCCUCUCUUAGCCGUGGCUCGGCCGUCCUGUUCUCUCCUUAGUGCAGACACUGUCUUUGACCCCCCUUUGACCCUCGAUUUCCUGCCAGGUGACGGUGUCCAUAUAUCUAUGUACAGUAUGGUACUUGUCUUGUGGUGUAUGUAUACGUGCGCUUGUUGCUCGCCUGUGGUCCAGGUUUGCUUAGCAGAUCCACUACCCACCAGUCCCUGGGACCUCUACACCCCCCCCCACGUACCCCUCACCAAGUCAGCCAUCAACCCCACUUGCUGCUUCUACAUGAAAAUACGCUCAGCAGUCGUACUGCCCUACUCAUUCCAAAAUGCAGCAUGGCACAUAAGCUGCUUUUAUUGCAUGGGAGUGUGUGUGCGUGUGUGUAUGUAAACAGGGGAGGGACUAAUUUGCCUAUAUGUAGGCUGAGUAUGAUUUAGUAUUGUAUUAAUUUAUUGUAUAUUACCCCCCUCCCCCAAAGUAAGUGUUAAUUAUCAGCUUAAUGUUCUCAUAGGAACAGAAGUUGUAUCUUAGUGUGUGUGUGUGUAUUUGUGUGUGGGUCAUUUUGUGUAUGUGUGUGUAAGAGUGCGUGAGGACACGUGUGCAUGUGCUGUCUGUCUGCACGUUUGUUGGCGUUUCAGUUGUAUUUGUUUUCAUGGUCAAAGCUGUUAAUGAUGAAUCAUAAAACCCCUGCAGUUAAAUUUAAUGUUGGACUUUUGUGAGUUGUUCCUGUGUUGUAGUAGCAGCCAUACACACUUAGCAAGGUUGAGGAGCACCUUCAGUAUUCUCUUAUAUGGAAACAGCCUCAAUAAUGCAUUUACCCUUGUCAUAGGUAUCCACCCGUGCUGUACCAAUGGUCAACUUGUGACCCAUGCAGCCUUACGCUCUGAUCCACACGCUGACUGCUGAGAUCGAACUUGCCACUUGAAAAAAACAAAGAAAUUAAGAAAAACAGUCGCGACUUAAUGUGGCAAAACACAAGUUGAACGAAGAACAUGCAUUGCGUGUUUCCAUUUAGCCUAUUUCUCAGGUCUGACACAUGCAACUCCAUGCACAUCACACACUACCAAUCUCUUCUCUCAACUCUUCUCAUUUCCCCUAUUCAAAAAACCAUCGAAGCCCCGUCAGUCAGUCAGCAAAUGCAUCAGAGCUUAAGGUGCUGUUGUCAAUGUUCAAGUGCUUCUCUGUCAGGUUGUUAUUGUGUAUGUGGGCCCAAACUGUGUUCUGAUGUAUAUAGGUAAUGAUAAGGAGAUACUGUACCUGUGGACUAUAAAGACCUGAUCCAGGAUCCUAGCGCUUUAAUCGUUCUCUGUCUCUAUUCACUUAAAUGCUCUCUUCUCUCUUUAGACUGCCUUACCGGCAUGAAUUACAAUUCUGUAUUGCCAAAGCUAAAUGUAGAGUGGGGAAAAAAUGAAGAAAAACAAUUAUGCUAAGACAGACAAUGAAAUGGUUCCAGGUGUAGUGGGAUGGCGUUUGUUUAGCAGAAGGCAUAAUGUUAAACUGGGCAUCAGUUGUUAUUUUCUGUGUCUCUGUAUCGCUCCUCAAUAAACUUCUUCCUCAUAAUGUGA